AUGACUCGCACACAAAUCCGGAAGGUAGCGGUCAUUGGUGCCGGGAUUAGUGGUGUUGUUUCCGCGGGACACCUGCUCGCGGCCGGAUUUGAUGUCACAGUCUUCGAGAGAAAUAAAUUUGCAGGAGGAGUCUGGCUGUACGAUGAACGACAGCCGGUAGAGCCGCAGUAUCCCGCCACGAAGCCGUCGGAAACAGAUCAGCCGGCGAAAGAUCGACACCAGAAGGAGACAUUCGUUCUCGAACAUGCACCGCCUGGCCCUUGUUAUGAGGGUUUGAGGAAUAACGUCCCCACGCCUUUGAUACGCGUGAAGCUCAAUGCAUGGCCGGAAGGGACUCCAGACUUCGUCAGCCACGAUGUAAUCAAAGACUAUAUUCAGGAUACAUCGCGCAAAGCGAAAGUAGAUGACGUCACAAUUUAUGGAGCGCGAGUAAAAGAUCUUCGCAAACGUGGUGAUAAAUGGGAGGUUGUCUGGUCGACAGUUCACGAGAACGACCAGUCAGACACCGUGGUUGAAUUGGAAGAAAUCUCGAUAUUUGAUGCGAUCAUUGUCGCAUCUGGACACUACCAUGCGCCGCGUAUUCCAGAUAUACCUGGCUUGUCGGAAGCGAAGAGCCAUUGGGAUUCUCGAAUUAUGCAUUCGAAGGGAUAUCGAAAGGCAGAAGGCUUCGAGAACAAGAAUGUCCUUCUCGUUGGCGGUGGAGUAUCAUCCACAGAUAUUGCGAAGGAAAUUGGCCCCGUCGCCAAAACUGUCUAUCAAAGCACAAGGAACGGCGACUUUGAUCUUCCAGAAGCCAUGCUCCCUGAUAACGGGGUGAGGAUCGGUGAAAUAUCCCACUUUGACAUCGAGAGCGACAAGGACACAAUUUCCGAUGACGAGCCAUUGCCCUUAACCAUACAUCUGAAAUCGGGGCAGAAACUAUGCGGAAUCGAUAGGGUUAUCAUCUGCACUGGUUAUCACAUCACACUUCCUUUCCUGCGAGAUUACCACAGUGACGACACGCCUGCUGAGCUUGCCGAUGAGAGGAUUCUGGUCACUGAUGGGACUCAAGUACAUAACCUGCAUAAAGACAUAUUCUACAUUCCCGAUCCCACGCUGGCCUUCAUCGGGGUUCCCUACUACACCGCCACAUUUACCCUGUUCGAAUUCCAGGCGAUCGUGGCAACGCAGGUCUUUGCUGGAAUUGCCAAGAUACCCUCUGAGGAUAUUAUGAGAUUAGAGUACUUGGCCAAAAUCAAGGAGGUUGGGAGUGGGAAGAAGUUUCACUCGUUGAAAGAUAAGGAAGAAUUUUACGUGAGGGAUCUAUUGCAAUGGGUGAAUGAUGACAGGGCUACCUACGGGCUUGGCCCCCUGGAAGGACACUCCCCCCAGUGGCUUGAAGCCAAGGAAGUGCAUCGAAAAUGGAUUCAAGAUCGUUGGCAAGAGACAGGUCGGAGGGACAGUGGUGUCGGCGAGCUUCCGGUGUUGGCAACAGACAACAUGGCUCCAUCGCAAGCCAUAGCAGAGGAACGAGCCGUCGAUUCAACAAGCGACAUCGUACAGAAAGCCCCGAAGCGCAAAUGGGUCAGCUAUAUCUGGGAUACAUUCGACAAGUCGCCCGAGGAGCGGAAAUUGAUGUUCAAAUUGGAUUCGGCGAUUUUGACAUUUGCCUCUCUUGGAUACUUUAUCAAAUACCUGGAUCAGAUCAAUAUUAACAAUGCCUUUGUGUCUGGGAUGAAAGAAGAUCUCGGCAUGUACGGCAACGAGCUCAAUUACAUGCAGGCUUGCUGGACGGUGGGAUAUGUUAUUGGGGAGAUUCCGAGUAAUAUCCUUCUUACGAGGAUUAGACCCCGAUAUUGGCUUCCGGCUAUGGAGUUGCUCUGGACCGUGUUGACCUUCGCUUCGUCACGAUGUAAUUCUGCGACCCAAUUUUAUGUUCUGAGGUUUUUUAUCGGCCUCGCGGAAAGUACCUUCUACCCCGGCAUGCAGUAUCUCAUCGGCUCGUGGUACCGGAAAGACGAACUAGCGAAGCGAUCGUGUAUCUUCCAUACGAGUAGUGGGAUUGCGAGUAUGUUUUCGGGGUAUUUAAUGGCUGCGGUGUAUAACCUCGAGGGACGAGGCGGGUUUAGAGGAUGGCAAUGGCUGUUUAUUGUGGAUGGUAUUAUCUCGCUUCCGGUUGCACUGAGCGGCUUUGUUCUUCUGCCCGAUGUGCCUGAGAUCUCGAAUCCGUGGUACUUGACCAAGGAGGAAGUGGCACUAUCACAGAAGCGAAUGCAGCUCGAAGGACGCAAGAAUAGGGAGCCGUAUACUAAAAGCAAGCUGAAGAAGAUCUUCACAUCGUGGCAUAUUUAUCUUCUCACUGUCCUGUAUAUAACAUUCAACAACGGCGCCGCCGGAUCUCAACCCGUCUUCCAACAAUGGCUCAAACAUUCGACGGACCCCAAAUACUCCGUCGGCCAGAUCAACGCUUACCCAACGACCACAGCCGCAGUCCAGGUAGUGACUACGCUUGCCUACGCCUGGUCCUCCGACACAUUCCUAAACGGAAGACGCUGGCCGCCGAUCAUUUUCGGCGCGAUUGUAAAUAUAAUCUCCUACGUCUCCCUCGCCGUCUGGGACAUCCCUAACGGCUGGAAAUGGACCUGUUACAUCAUCGCCGGUGCAGGAUACGGCUUAAGUGGACUUUGCAUGGCCUGGGCCCACGAAAUCUGCUCCGACGACAACGAAGAACGGUCUCUGGUAAUCGGCAGCAUGAACGAAAUGGCCUACGUGUUCCAGGCGUGGCUACCCCAGGUCGUGUGGCAGCAGGUGGAUGCGCCGCAGUAUCGGAAGGGCUUUAUCACUGUUUCUAUUCUGUCGGUUAUAUUGAUCGGGACGGCGUUGUUGAUUAGGGAGGCCGUGGGGAAGAUCUGA